GCAGGUUCUCGCACCGGAUGGAUAGAAACUAGUUAAUGGAUGGGUAUUACGCCACUGUCAUCCUAUUCAUGACGGGAGGUGCUGAUGGGCAGAGAAUAUGGUGAUGACAUAAAGGUACCUAUCUAACAGAGGUCUGUGACUAUUCCCAGGAUGGAGGAACCGUUCUUUUUCCAACAAGCUGGGUUCAAUUAUCCCACAAAACGAUUCCGGAAACUUCCAGAGGAAUUACCAGACAGUUUAAAAUUUGCCCAUCUGAAUCCUCGAGUUGCUGCCUACUUGGCCAGCAAGGAGAAGCAAAAGCAGGAAGAAGACUUGUUCGGAGAUGGGCUCGGGAAGAAAAGUCUUAUGCCAGAGAUUAACCAAGCAUUUCAGCACGUCAAAAACCAUCUGGACACCACUCUGUCCAAUGAUGAAGACUCACAGAGAUAUCUCUUUGAGGAGGCAAGGAGGUCUGCCUUAACUAUUCUCUACCAGUUAGGUAGAAUUAUAUACAAUUACGAAAAUCUGGGAGAGUAUAUUCCAAAGAGUUUGGAAUAUCAGUUAAUGCUCAAUUAUAAGGAUCUCACAGCAGAUGUGAUACACAUUCCUCGGGAAUGGCAGACAGUGGUAGCAAGGGAGAUGUACAAUCGAAAAGUUACCGAAAUCCCGAGUGAUGAUGAUAAACAAGGUACUGACGAUGACGGGAGGUCCACCCGGGCUGAAAAACAAGACAGGUUAAAGAAGAAAGUGCCUAAGUCGGGUUUGCCGGAAAUAGUUGAGGAUGAGGACACGAAUCGGACUACAGGUGUCGCGACAACUCGACGCAGUGACAGCAAGCAGUCUGGACAGUCCAAGAAACCUGGAAUGAGCCGGACGGAUCGGGGGAAAAAUACGCUCCAUACUGAAUCUUCAAGAAUGUCAGAUCAAACAGUGAAGUUUGUAAAAGUGGCAGGCUCUGUGAGAUCUCCAGGCAAUAAGCGGGGCUACCAUGAAGACUAUUUGUCAGCUCUGACAGAAACACCCUCGGACGCAAGAUCUACCAUGGGGAACCCCAGCUAUUACAUGUGUACAAUACAGUUCCAGCUGUCUUCAAAACAAUGUGAAGAAAAAGGGUGGAUCGUGCAGAAGGGGAGGGAGGACGAGAUAGCGAGGGAGACGCUGUUGGAAUGGUGUGUUCAGAUCCUACAGCACUGCAUGAAGAUCACUCGAGACCAGUAUGCACAAGAAAUAGAACUUGGUUUAGACAAACCUGCUCAAGUUCGUUACUAUGGUGACACUAGGAAAGAAACUUUGUUAAAAUACCGAAAAUCGCCAGUAAAGCCUUCAAUCAACCCUGCAGUCAGAGGCCAGAAGCCACGGAUACCUCACAUGUACGACGACCGCAACGAGGGGAAACAACUCAUGCUGACUUCACAUAUGGAUGGCACAACAGUAGCAUACUACCCAUCUGGCCGUCCAGCAGUGGUGAGCAGCGGGGCAGGGUAUGGCCGGCCAGGGUACUACACUAUAGCGUACACAGACGACCUUGACAUGAAGAUGCUGGCCUGCUUCACACCGGCUGGGAAAGGGUGCUGUUAUCAUCCCAAUGGUGUGGUCAAGUUUCUAGCAACAGAGAAGGGAGGUCACCUGGCAGAAGACGACGGAACGGUCAACCAAAAAUGGAAGUGGCCACUUGGAAAUGUGAAAAUAACAUCCCCAGUUGGUUUCCAGAUAAACAGUUUCCUGACUUUCCGCUGCGUGAGCCAGAGCUCCAUGGUGCUACACUUCAACUGUAUGAAGGAGAGUGCUAAGUUCCCCGUGGGGCCAGUGCCCGGAGCUGUCGAGCCGCGACAAGGAGACGAAAAUGAACAGCUACUAACAACUUUCACCUUCUCAUCACGAGCUGCCAAAGAACUACUCAGGCUUUUUGCACCAAAGACUAAAACAAAAUCAAAAUCAAAGAAAAAGGAUAAGUACAAGGGUCAGCUUGCGGAACUCCAGAAGAUGAUGGACGAGCAGGACCGGAUCAUGUAUGAUACGGAGGCUGACAAGGAGCUUGCCCGGCUCCAGAGGAAGGCAAGAAACUUAGUAGAUGAUUGGUUGGAGCACUACCGUCUGGCACUGGAGAUGUGCACGCCCACACUGAACUCUCUGCAAGACAUGCCAUCUGUACGGCGUCGCUAUGCUCAGUCGGCUCGACUGGCCACAGACGCUGUAGGCAUCAUCAGGAGUGUGUCAGUGUCAAUGUCCAGAUCGCCGGACACUAGUAACGUAUUCCGGACACUAAGAGCACCGUCAGCUCCUGCAGGGAAUCAGAAGAGAGAGUCAUCAGCGGUCGAGAGUCGUCAGUCAUCACCUAAUCGGUUAUCAACUGUGAAGUUUGAGGAGAAGUCUGAGAUGUACACGUAUGGACAGGGAGAUGGAGGAACAGUGUCUCCUACAGCUGUAGCUGUCAUGAGAAGACUGUCAGAAGUUGGAUCCAGAGCCCAGUCAGCUCACGGUCAGUGUAAAUCUCCCACCCGACAGAACACCAACAUCUCCCUGCCAGAACGCAUCCGUUCCGCCACCUUGUAUCACAGCACAUGUCCUCUGGCUGUGCGACAGUUUGCCAUGACAGGGAUAAAGAGUCAGUGUCGAUGUAACCGUUACGCCAUCCCCCACGUCACAGACAUCGAAUUUGACGAGUUCAUCAUCAGGGAAGCUCCACCAUCCCAGCUCCAGAUCGUGUGUGUCGUAUCCUCUCUCUACUCCCACGCUACAGGGGCCGAGGACAUGUUGAACCAGCUGUACAACAACAUGAACCGAAACCGGACACGCCCAUGCACCCAGUGUCGGGGGGACACAUACAGGAUAUUCAAGUACGACAUCAACACCGCAGCGAACAUGUCCGACCACACACAACCUCUUCUCCUCACCAGACAUAAUGUGGUUCCUGGAAUGUUUCUGAUCUAUGCUGAUGGCCGUCUGCUGUUCUGCGAUCACAUCUUCAAUGGCUACGGUAACACCAGCAGGAAGGACUUCAAGAAGCAGAUCAUGAAAUCGAGGCUAGACUCACUGCAGGGCUAUUCUCUGCCGAAAGAUUUCAGAUUUAGCCCUAGUCGUGGUCGCCAUGGAGCCCGGUCAGCAUGGGGUGGGGAGAUUGGUGGCGCCGGAGUGGACAACUAUGGCAGUCCAGGGACGUCGGUCAGCAACGCACUCAUGCCAAGACUUGAUUCAUCGGACAGUGGGGAGGGUCCUACCCUGGACAAAGUAAAGGGCCUGCAUCCCGUGGCCAAGUUGAUCAGCCUCAGCCUCUCCCCCGUCAGCUUCCGACCAACCGCCCACCUGACCUCGCACCUCAAACAGCAGCCAGUAGCUCAUCCAAUCUCCGGGACAACAGGAUGAGGCUGGACACCUCAACUCCAUCUUGUAGAUCCUCAAGUGUGUCAAGUCAACAAGUGCCAGUUAUCCCCCUUGCAGUGCUCAAAAUCCACUCUGAAAUUCAGGGUACUCUUGUCAUUGCCCAAAUUUGAAAUGUUAAAGGUUCGUGGUCCAAAGGGUCCAAGGAGCAAACCUGAAGGAACCCUGGACCCUGAUCAAUAUUUAAAAUGCCAUGUAUGAGUUUGGAUGUACCUGUACCGAUACAUAGUGGUAUCUAGAUGUUGAGUGGCACUACAGUUUAUCGAUGAAUUGUCAGUAAAAACCUUGUUAAUUCAAACUGCCUGUCACAUUAUAUGAAGCUUUUACGAAAAAUAAACAUUAACAAGUGCUUUUCUUGUCCAAUUGCAGCAAACAGUGAUACAAAACAGACAUUGUAUAGUGAUUACUAGGACAAUAAUGAUUCACUUGCGUAUUCAGUGACUCAUCGAUUCAGUUGUUCAUUAUCACAAAACUAAAUUUUGUUAAUUUUUGAAGAAGUGUUUUUGCUUGAAUUUGAGUUUUGUUUCUGAAAGUGAGAUAUUUAAAAUGGAAGACGUCCCAGCCAGGCAGGAUAAUAGUCAACACAUACAAUUAAUGUGACAGUAUUGUGGUCAGUGGUCAUAGGUGUGAAAAAUUAACUAUGUCAACAUGGUCAAAACAUGUCAAAGAAUUAAUUUUGUUGUUUCACUGAAUAUAAAGAAUAAAACAUCAAAGGCUGAAAUGUUACUGUAUCCAUUAGCCAAUUUCUUAGUCGUUACCCGAUAUUCAUUAUAUGUGUCAUAUUCGCCUCAGUGGAAUUGUUGUAGCCCUGUAGUGAUUACAACAGAAAAAAGGUCAACGUGAAGCAAACUUGCCUGAAGCUGCUCAUCCAAACAGAUAUUACUAUUUUUCCCCAUAUAAAGAGGGUUUGCAGCAUAGGAUCGAAGAAUUACCACAUCAAAAUAGAGGAUGGUCGCUCAAUAUGUAAUGUUACAUUGAGAGGUAGAUCAAAUUAAUGCUAAAUCAUUUCCAAAUACAUGUCAUAUGGGUAUUGUUGUAAGUAGUGGGUAUUGUUGUAAGUAAGAGUGGACAUACAUUAUCAAUACACCACGAUGAAUUUUCUUCCUAAAACUGAUGAACAUUUAACCAUCAUUGCUCUGUAUGAAUCAUAAUGACUAUCCAAAUAAUAUUGUAACAGAAAGAAAUAGGUGAAAUCUGUUUAUGUAUAUUUUCAUGCAUGCAUAAUUUGGUUUACCUCAAAGCUAAGUGAGGUGCAACCUGACUGUUAAAAAAUAGAAAUACUACACAAGUUCUCGUUAGAUACCACUUUUACAAAAUGACUGAAAUUCCUAUGGUAUAUAAUAUGGUCAGAUACAAUAGGAGAUUCACUCACUUUAUCAAAUAGUACCUAAUGAGAAUGAGAAUUAUUUAUUACCCAAGCUUUAAAUAAAAUUAUUUUUUUGUGAAUGUUUUUCAUGUACAUAUCACAAACUGAAACUGGUUUAAGAAAGAGGUUGCGGAGAAACUAAAUUUACAAAAAGCCUGUGCACUACUUCAUGCAUUCCAAUGUAUGUACACCAGCAUGAAGUUCUCAACUUACAUUAUGCCAACAUGGUAUUUAAAUGUGAUUAGUCAUUGUUCUUAACUAUUAAUUUUUUUGUAAUAAUUUUAUUACCCUGAGAUGUGUUGACAAACAAUAUUGAAGUUGUAAAAGUUGAAAAAAUAAUUGAUUGUUAUGAAUGAAAAAUAGUUCUGGAUCAAUAUGACCCAGUGUCAUCUAUCCAACGCUCAAAUUGGCGUCAACCCUGUAUGACGACACUGGUCCACCUUGUACAUCACACACGUGUCAUAUCGUUUUGUAUGUUACCAUCUGUUUGUUUACCACUGUAUGUGUAUCUGCGUCAUUUACAUACAAAACCAUCAGUAGUUGAACCAAAGAAUGAUCUCUUUCCCACCAAAGCAUACUUAAUGUUAAUUAUGGCCAUGUUAAACUGCUGAUACACUUAUUCUUCCAUCAUAUGAUAUUGUAAGUUUAGUUUAUUUUUUUCAUAAAAAAACUUUGUUACCAGUAUUCAGUGGUCAAACUGCUGAGUUUUGUAAUAUAUAUAUCCCAUUGUUAUGAAACCUUACUUCGCUAUAUGGCUGAAUUAAUGAUGAGAAGUAAAAUUGUAACUCAAAUCAACUGAAACUUUACUUCCAGCAUCAGAAAGUAUCAUUCAACCAAAUGGCUGACUUUUAUUCACAUUUCCAAGAAUGUUCUGACUGCCAAACUGCAUUACUCAACAGUCGAACAAAAAAUUACAUUUUUGCAAAACUGAUUUAAUAGUAUAUUAUUUAAAACAUGCUUGUAUCGCUGUCUGAUUGAUUUAGUUCCUGUAUAUAAGAAUUCUUGCUUGCCAAAAUAUUUUUACAUAGACUUGAUACAGCUCUGUAACCUGAGUGAAUGGGUUGCUUGUAUAGUGUUAUUGAAAAUCUAUAUUAUAAUGUUGCAGUCUGUGAUAUUGUAGCUGUGAUGAGCAAAUUGUUUUCUAUUCUAUUGUUCAUGUUCUACCCUAUUGUUCAUGAUUCUACCGUUAUUCAUGGUUCUACCUGUUUAUGAUUCUCCCCUAUUUUUCACGAUUCUAUCCUGUCCAUUUUUCCAUAUCUUCAUAUUCUCAUUUGAGCCAGUUUGUUUUCUUGGGAGUUUUUCUGUUAUUUUUUAAGAUACAUUACGUACACAAUUUCUUAAUGUUGGAAGUAUGUCUAGAAAUGGUGUUUUUUGUAAGAGUUCUCUACAGAUUAAUAUUAUGAACAAAAUAAAGUUUUGCAUCAUUUUUGUAAGGAAAAAUUUCAUCCUUAAGACCAUAUUUUGGUACUUAGGAUAUUUCUAUUGUUAAUAACACAUUCAGGAAUAAUAUUUCUGUUACAAAGUCCAUAGAAACAUGAAAAAUACUCAGCACAGUAGAAAACACUGGCAUGCACCCUCUCUUGUAGUUGACAAGAUUUAAUAGAUAAUUAAUAAAAUCUCUUAAUUUCAAAUCUAUUACAUAAAUGUUUUGAUUGUUUAUAAUGCCAGCAACAAUGUGCCUUUUUGUCCUUGCUCAUCUCAUACUGUUGCCAGGCAUGCAUAAGUGAUAAAAAAAUAUCCAGCUUCUCAGUACUGUAUGUGACAGUAAGUUAUCCCUCCUCUUAGCAGUGUAAAUGUGACAGUAAAAGUUACCCCUCUCCUUGGUACUGUAAAGGUGACAGUAAAAGUUACCCCUCGCCUCAGUUAGUGUAAAAGUUACCCCUCGCCUCAGUUAGUGUAAAAGUCACCCUCUCCUUGGAAGUGUAAAGGUGACAGUAAAAGUUACCCUCUCCUCAGUUAGUGUAAAUGUGACAGUAAAAGUUACCCCUCGCCUCAGUUAGUGUAAAUGUGACAGUAAAAGUUACCCCUCGCCUCAGUUAGUGUAAAUGUGACAGUAAAAGUUACCCCUCGCCUCAGUUAGUGUAAAU